GGGUUUCUGUCCGGACUGGCUGCACCAUGUCGAAGGUUUCCUUUACGAUCACACUGACGUCGGACCCGCAGCUGCUGUACAAAGUACUCAGUGUUCCCGAAAGUACAUCUUUUACAGCAGUCUUAAAGUUUACAGCAGAAGAAUUUAAAGUUCCUGCAGCAACAGGUGCAGUUAUUACCAGUGAUGGAAUAGGAAUAAAUCCUGCACAGACUGCUGGAAAUGUUUUUCUAAAGCACGGUUCAGAACUGCAAAUAAUUCCUAGAGAUUGUGUCGGAAGUUGUUAAUAUCUGCUGCUUGGAACAUAAAAUCCCCUUCCAGAAUAAAUAUUGGUAUUGUUAUUGUUGUAAAAUUGGAGUCAGGCAUUUGAAAUCCUAUGAAGACACCAAUAGUUGAUGAAGUAAUGAAAGGUGACUCUCUGUCCCUUCUUGUUAUUCACACUCUUCACAUGAA